UGAGUUUGAUGUCAACGAAAAAGUUUGUUGUUUGUGUAUAUUGAAUUUGAUAAUUGAGAUUUUGAUUGCUUUUAUUUAAUAAAUGGAGAAUAAUUCAUCAGAGGAUAAUCAAGGUGUUCCUGUAAUUGAAUCUCAGGACAUCAAUAGUGAUGAGCAAUCAAUCAUUAGAGGAGAUAAUAUUGGUGAUUCUACGUAUAGUGCACGAUGGACAUUAAAUACCUUACUUUCGUUAUCCAAAAUCGAUGAACAAGAAUGGUCGGAAGAAUUUGAGACUGAUCUAUGCUACCUCUGGGAUAUGGCAACAGAGAAAGAUGUCAUGUUUUUUUUAAUGCAAAAUAAUUUUUUUUCAAUUGCUGAAAACAUUUUUAGAACUUCAGAAGAACGUAGAUUACUAGAAAUCAUUGCAGGCAUUAUUAGCAACAUGUGUUCACAAAACAAUAUACUCGAAAAAAUAGGAGAAUCAAAUGAUUUUGUAGAUAGUAUAUUGGAUUUAUUAUCGUGUGAUGAUAGUGGAGUGUUAAUCCAAGUUGUAAGGAUUCUACAAGCUGCAGCAUGGGGUAUCCAGAAAAAUGAAUCUUCCAAGUGGCGAGAACAUAUGACGAGAUGUGAAAUCCUAGGCGAUUCGUUGACAUUCAUUUUAAAGAGCUCAACCAACAGUAUUCUUUUGACAGGGGCAUUAAAAUUAGUACAGUCAAUAUCAAUAGUUGAAUUAUCAGACAACACAAUAUUUCUCCAACAAUUAUUUGACGUCAAUCCACUACUUUUAGCAUUAGUCGAGGCUCUUAAUCAGUUAAUUCCAACUGAAGAGGAAAAUGAUACGUCAGAACAACAAGAUAUCAUUGAAAUUUGGCUUGAUGUUUUAUCUAAUAUUCUUCAUGAUGAGUCUUCAUCAACUCCAGAAAUUUAUGACAGUAUCAAUAAAAUUUUCGUGAAGAUUUUAAGCAGUAAAGAACACAACUUAACAUCUCUCGAAGAAAGUACUGCUCUAUGUAUUCAAGAAUGUGUAGAAAUUAUUCAGUGGUUUCAAGAUAAAAAGUUUAAAACGGAUGUUAAACUUGUUAGUGUCAUUGCCGCUAUUAUGUACAAAUUGAAUAUUAUCAUCAGUUCAAAUCAAAACUCUAGUACUGUGCGGGAGUUGUUAGGAUAUUUACAAAUGUUCUGGCUUGAUAUUUAUGAAGAAUAUGAGGAGACUAAAACUAAAAUUAAUGAAUUGUGGGAAUUUUGUUCUAGAGAAGUUAGAGAUUAUUUGAUAAAUUAUACACUUAAUGGAACAUCUUUAUAAUUAAUUGAAAGAAAAUUUUAAGUAUUUUACGUAUUUUAUAACAAUUGAAAUAUUGUGGAUUUUAACAUGCGCUUGUAAUUUUAACAUAGAAAUCA